UUCGCCCCGCCCGGCCGCUGCUGCGGAAGGCACAGCGCUCAGUAAAGCGCACUUCCUCUGCUGGUGUCCACUGAGGGAGUGCGGCUUCCAAGAGCUCCAAGUCGCAGCGGUCCUGCUCUGAUCAGACGGGCGCAGACAUGUCGGAACAAAGUAAGGACAUGAGCGACCCCAACUUUGCAGCCGAGGCCUCCAACGGUGAGCUGCAGAGCGGCUCUGAGAUUCCGGCGGGGGUCCCUCCUCCCACGUCUCCAGCCGCGAUCGUCGCAGAGGCACCAAUCGCUCCUGAAGGCCCUAUGGAAGCCCCGCAGGCCUCGCCGCCACCUCCAGAAAGGUUGGAAGAUAUUGACCCUAAGAUCCUGCAGCAGGCCAUAGAGGAGGGGCGCGCCCACCAGCCCCAGAGCCCGGCCCGUCCGAUGCCCGCACCACCCGCCCCGGCCCAGCUGGUGCAGAAGGCGCACGAGCUCAUGUGGUACGUGUUGGUCAAGGACCAGAAGAGGAUGGUCCUCUGGUUCCCAGACAUGGUGAAAGAUGUCAUGGGCAGCUACAAGAAAUGGUGCAGAAGCAUCCUCCGGCGCACCAGCCUCAUCCUUGCCAGAGUUUUUGGGCUGCACCUGAGGCUGACCAAUAUCCAUACUAUGGAGUUUGCCCUGGUCAAAGCCCUCAGCCCAGCGGAUCUGGACAGAGUGGCGCUGAACAACCGAAUGCCCAUGACAGGCCUCCUGCUCAUGAUCCUGAGCCUCAUCUACGUGAAGGGCCGCGGGGCCAGAGAGGGCGCGGUCUGGAAUGUGCUGCGCAUCCUGGGACUGAGGCCUUGGAAGAAGCACCCCACCUUUGGAGAUGUGAGGAAGAUAAUCACCGAGGAGUUCGUCCAGCAGAAUUACCUGAAGUACCAGCGCGUGCCCCACGUCGAGCCCCCCGAGUACGAGUUCUUCUGGGGGUCCAGAGCCAACCGUGAAAUCACCAAGAUGCAGAUCAUGGAGUUCCUGGCCAGGGUCUUCAAGAAGGAUCCCCAGGCUUGGCCCUCCCGAUACAGAGAGGCUCUGGAGCAGGCCAGAGCUCUGCGGGAGGCGAAUCUUGCCGCCCACUGCCCCCGCAGCAGUGUCUCUGAGGACUAGUAUGGUCCCCAGCAUGUCAACAGCUUCUGACCCAUACUAGGGCUGUGUAAGGGUGGGGUUGGGUCCUUAGAGCAUCCCACAUUCCCAGUGCAGUAUUUCAUGUGUAACUUUUUAAAUUUUCCCUUACAGUGCUGUUUAUACCUUUUCAUGCAAUGUGUUCAUCUGCGCUCGCUCAGAGCUUGUUUAUGAUGCAAGCAUGUGCGUUCAUAAGUAAGCAAGUGGGUGCUCUCACUCUUGUGAUUUCCUGGAUUUUUGUACAAGAGAUGUGCUGUGCUGAACCUGUGAAAUACAUUGAGAUGUUAUGUACCUGUUCUCUGUAUGGGAGUGAUGAUCUGUAUCCACAUAAAGGCCCUGGAGAAGUCAGCAGGACCUGACCAAGGGAAAGGUCAAGGCCCCCUCUCCAUGCGACCUGGACUGGGCGCAGGAAGCAUCCAUGUGGACUGGACUGAUUUUGAACUGGAAUGUUCUCUGUGUAGGCACGCAGCACACACUUUACCAAACAUGUGUACAACCCACCCCCACCAUAAAUAAAACUUUGAAGUGAGCAUUAAA